AUGCAACCUUGUAUAGGGUUCUGUGUAGCACGGACGAGGUACCACGAUGCAAUGAAAGCGGUGAGCCGUGUUGAAAGUGUUCGGCGACCAUUUCGGGGGCCAGUUUGCAGAGCUGAGGACAGGCGUGAUACAGUGACUGCAUUGGAGGGGUGGGAGGAGUAA